GCUCUUUUGCCUGUUUUUCUUUUGUUUACUUGUUUUUUCAUCUUGUCAUCAUUUUGUCCAUUGUUGCUGUUUUUCACCUCUUUGUGUACAGAAUAUGGACUCUGGACCAUGUCCUGCUGGUUCUGGUUCAGUAGUCUCUCCACGCCUCUGCCUCUAUGGAUCUUCAUCACUGUACAGGCUGACUGGCUGCUGGAGGAGGAUGUCUGGCUGACAGUCUUAUUGAUUUCUUUCUGUCUCUUUACAGAUUCUCUCUCUAUCUCUGCUCUGAAUGAAUGAAGACAGAAGAACGGUGCGCCACUAGCAACGUGUCUGUAGGAACUAAACUAUGAACCAGAUACAUUUGUCUUUAGAACCUUCAGUGGAACCUGGAUACAUUUCUAACAGUCUUUAGAACUCUCAGUGGAACCUGGAUACAUUUCUAACAGUCUUUAGAACUCUCAGUGGAACCUGGAUACAUUUGUAACAGUCUUUAGAACCUUCAGUGGAGCCUGGAUACAUUUGUAACAGUCUUUAGAACUCUCAGUGGAACCUGGAUACAUUUGUAAUAGUCUUUAGAGCCUUCAGUGGAACCUGGAUACAUUUGUAACAGUCUUUAGAACUCUCAGUGGAACUUGGAUACAUUUGUAACAGUCUUUAGAACUCUCAGUGGAACCUGGAUACAUUUGUAACAGUCUUUAGAACCUUCAGUGGAGCCUGGAUACAUUUGUAACAGUCUUUAGAACUCUCAGUGGAACCUGGAUACAUUUGUAACAGUCUUUAGAACUCUCAGUGGAACUUGGAUACAUUUGUAACAGUCUUCAGAACCCUCUGUAACAUCAAAGCGUCAGUGCCUCGCGGGCUCCUUCACGGUCAUCACGUCACCCACUCUCUUUCUUUUGACCAUCUCUGUAAACGUCGCUCUCCCGCUCCCGUGAGACCACAGCGAGGCUCGCGGGGUAGAGUUACAUAUGGGGGGAGGGGGUAGAGAGACAUAGACAAAGAGGAGGAGUGGGGAGAGAGAGAGAGGGAGGCUCGCGUGCCUGUGUGAGGUUGAAAAAGAGGGAGAGGUAGAGAGAGGUAGGCUCGUGCAGGGGGAGGUGGAUCCCUGUGUAGUGGAGCAGCUUAAGCUAAAGCUAACUAGCCAUGUUGCUGUCGCCGCUGCCGUUGCUGUUGCUCCUUCCGUUGCUGGUGGUGUGUGUCUGCUAGCGGCCGCCCUGGACUCCCUAUCCGCCCUGAGGUGCAUCAUGCCCGGCUGGAAGAAAAACAUCCCGGCCUGUCUCCAACCGGACCAGGAGGGAGAUGAAGGGCCGUAUACGAAACACUCCGCCGGGUCGCGACCUCCAGAUGGAGCGCUGGCCAUCAGGAGACAGAGUAUACCAGAUGAGUUUCGGGGCUGCACGGUGGUGGAGUUGAUGAAAAAGGAGGGGACGACGCUCGGGCUGACAGUUUCAGGAGGAAUCGACAAAGAUGGGAAGCCUCGAGUUUCAAACCUGCGGCAGGGAGGCAUUGCGGCCCGGAGUGACCAGCUGAACGUGGGCGACUAUAUCAGGUCUGUCAAUGGCAUCAAUCUGGCCAAGUUCAGACACGAUGAGAUCAUCAGUCUGCUGAAGAACGUGGGUGAGCGGGUCGUCCUGGAGGUCGAGUAUGAGCUGCCGCCUGUCUCGGUGCAGGGGUCAGGGGUCGUGUUUAAGAAUGUGGAAGUCACGCUUCACAAAGAAGGAAACAGCUUUGGUUUCGUCACCAGAGGUGGAGCCCAUGAAGACAGGAACAAGUCCCGUCCCAUCGUCAUUACAACCAUCCGGCCAGGCGGCCCAGCAGACCGGGAAGGAACCAUCAAGCCGGGUGAUCGGUUGUUAAGCAUUGAUGGGAUUCGUCUCCAUGGCAGCACACUUUCAGAGGCCAUGAGCAUCCUGAAGCAGUGUGGACAGGAGGCCACGCUGCUGAUUGAGUAUGAUGUCUCCGUGAUGGACUCUGUUGCUACGGCAUCAGGGCCGCUACUGGUUGAAGUUGCCAAGGCGGCAGGGUCUAGCCUGGGUGUGGCCCUGUCCACCUCCAUGUUCUGCAACAAGCAGGUCAUCAUCAUCGACAAGGUCAAACCAGCCAGUAUAGCAGACAGGUGUGGUGCUCUUCACGCAGGAGAUCAUAUCCUGUCCGUUGAUGGGAAGUCGAUGGAGUUUUGUUCCCUAGCUGAAGCCACUCAGCUGCUUUCUGCUUCCUGUCAGACCGUCCGCUUGGAGAUCCUGCCACAACACCAGACCCGACCAGCCCUGAACGCACCACAGCACGCGCUCAGCCACUCCUUCUCUCCAGGCUCCAUGUCGGCCUAUAGCCUCUCCUCCCUCAACAUGAGCACCCUGCCCAGGAACAUGUAUCCCACAAGUCCACGGGGCACACUGAUGAGGAGGAAGGGCAAGAAAAAGGACUUUAAGAGCUCCUUGUCUCUUGCGUCCAGCACUGUGGGUCUCGCCGGUCAGGUAGUCCACACGGAAACCACCGAGGUGACGCUGCUCGGCGACGGCAUCAUGGGAUUUGGCCUGCAACUGCAGGGAGGAGUGUUUGCCACGGAAACGCUGUCAUCCCCGCCACUCAUCGCCUACAUUGACCCCGACAGCCCUGCUGAGAGGUGUGGCAUCCUGCAGAUCGGUGACAGGAUCUUAUCCAUAAAUGGCGUUCCAACUGAAGAUUCGACCCUUGAAGAAACCAAUCAGCUGCUCAGAGACUCGUCCAUCACUGCUCAGCUCACACUGGAAAUUGAGUUCGAUGUGGCUGAAUCAGUCAUCCCCAGUUCAGGCACGUUCCACGUAAAGCUCCCAAAGAAACCAGGAGUGGAACUGGGAAUCACCAUCAGCUCUCCGUCCAACAGGAAACCAGGUGAUCCUUUGAUCAUCUCGGACAUCAAGAAAGGCAGCGUCGCACACAGGACAGGGACGUUGGAGCUGGGAGACAAGCUGCUGGCCAUUGAUAACAUCCGUGUGGAGAACUGCUCCAUGGAGGAAGCUGUUCAGAUCCUCCAGCAGUGUGAGGAGCUCGUCAAACUGAAGAUCCGCAAAGAUGAAGACAACUCUGAUGAACAGGAGGUGUCUGGCAGCAUCAUUUACACAGUGGAGCUUCAACGCUAUGGUGGUCCGCUGGGAAUCACCAUCUCAGGCACUGAGGAGCCCUUCGACCCCAUUAUCAUCUCCUCUCUGAGCAAGGGGGGGCUGGCAGAGAGGACGGGUGCGAUCCAUGUAGGCGACCGUAUUCUUGCGAUCAACAGCAGCAGCCUGAAGGGGAAACCACUGAGUGAAGCCAUCAGUCUGCUGCAGCAGGCGGGCGAGACGGUCACGUUGAAGAUCAAGAAGCAGGGAGAACUGUCGAGCCCAAAAUCUUGCAUGAUUGGCUCAGGUCUGGGGCCGGGGGUGGGGCCUAACCUGGAGAACCAGGAUGGAGAGGAGGAGCCUGUUGUCAUGGUUGCACCUCCGACAAGCCAGAGAGCGUUCAGCACACUGCCGUCCGUGGACAGCGCUGUGGAGUCCUGGGAUGGAUCCAACAUGGACAGCAGCUUCACCACCCCAGCUCCUACUUUUCAGUCGUCACCGUACAGUUUCCACGAGUGGCGCAGCGCCAAGACAAGCAACAGCCAUUCAUCAUCUUCCACUCGCCAGAGAGCCAAUCCGCUGUCGGAUCUGGGUCUGAGUGACGAUGAUUGGGACCGCCCACCUCUCGGAGGGUUUAAUGUCGGACAUGAUGGGACAGAACCAGACCAGGAGGAGAACUUCUGGUCUCAGGCUCUGGAGGACUUGGAGACCUGUGGACAGAGCGGCAUCCUCAGAGAGCUGGAGGCUACCAUCAUGUCAGGCUCCACCCUCAGUCUAAACCAUGAUCCCACCCCUCUGCGGAGCACUCUGGGGCGCCAGGCGAGUUUCCAGGAGCGCAGCAACUCCAGACCACAAGUGACUCCUCGAUCCAACACCUUGCCCUCUGACCCUCAGCGCCGAGCCUUCGCCAUGAGGAAGAUGAGGCAGGAAGUAAAUGACAUCCUAAACCAGAACCCUGUGGAACUUCACAAGCUCACUCUGGAGAAGGCGACAGACCUCGAGGAUUUUGGUUUCAGCGUUUCUGAUGGAUUGCUGGACCGCGGCGUCUAUGUUAAUAACAUCCGACCCGGAGGCCCAGCGGAACGGGGUGGUCUCAAAGCCUAUGACCGAAUACUACAGAUUAACCAUGUGCGGACCAGGGACUUUGACUGCUGCCUUGUAGUUCCCCUGAUUGCAGAGUCUCCAAACCGCUUGGAGCUUGUAAUCAGCCGAAACCCUUCAUCCUCUUCCUCCUCUACCCUGAUGGCCAAUCACACCGAUGGCACAACCAACAGCAGCCACUCCUCUCAGCCAGUUGGCAGUGACCUGGGACCCUCAGAUCUCUCUGUUGGCCAGGGAGAGGACAGCGGUCCAAUCAAGUGGAGCCAACCAGGAGAUGGCUUUGGGGCAGGGAUUGGGAUGGGGCAGGUUACAAACAAUUCCUUAUAGCAGACAAAAAUUAUGUCAGACUGGAUUCAACCACACCAGACUGGAGAGGUCGUGAGGAAAAAGGGGACAACAAAGUUGAAUCAAACUGAUUUAAAACCGGUUUAAACUGGUUCGGAGUAGACCGCCCAUGGUGCUACACACACCCUCUGGAUGACCUUUGACUACUAUAGUUUGACCCUUGAACUGCUAAAGCAGCCUGAAAGCACAGUGAUGGACUGGAACAACACCACACCUUUUAACCUGAACCAGUUCUGUAUACUGGUAUUACUGGUGUCACUGGAACCAGAAUUCUAAUGAUCCUAUUAGAGCCACAACUGGGGCUACUGACCUACCUGGUCUAAGAUUAAUAGUUAUUGAUCCUUCUAGCCUAGAGCCAUGGCUACUGGUUCUACUGAAGCCACAACUACAGCCAAUAGUCUUAAUGGUCUACAAGCCGAGAAAUAUAAUCCUAUGAAGUCAGUGCCACAGCCAAUGGUCUUACUCUUUUAAGAUUGAUGGUUACUGGUUCUAGAAGCCUAGAAUUCCAGGUUGAAGACACAUGGGUUCUGGAAUUAUGGCUCCAGGUUCCACCAAAGUCCUACUAAGCAAGAACCUCAGCCAGUAGUCUUAGCGUACCAAGACACACAGGUACUGGUCUUAGUGGGAUCAGGACAAUGGCUAUUGUUUCUAGUGAAACCAGAGGCAAAUAUAGUUGUCUUACUGGUUAAAGCAUGAUUAAUGUUUGCGGUCUCACUGGCCAAGGAACUAUGGAUACUGUGCCAUUGCCAUGGCCAGUGCUUGGUGAAGUCCAUCCUGGAUCCUGGGCCUACUAGAACCAGAUUUGUGGCAUUUGGCCGAGAUCCACAGCAGCACAAAGACUGAUGGGACACUAGUCCAGAUACCGAAACCUGCUGAUGGGCAUAACAGUUGCCAACGAGACUAGGGAUGCUCUGAUCAGUGUCUACAUCUGAUGAUAUUACUGAACAUAUACUGAUUACUAAAUCCUUAUGCUUGUGUAUAAGAAAGCCUUAUGACAAAGUCUUCUAUUUGAUAUUUAACCAGCUGGAAUCACUGGUCCUCAGUACACUAAAAACUAGAUUGUUCAAAUGCAGAAGACAGGGUAAGUCUGAAAUUACUGAAGGUGUAACUUUUCGAAGUAGUUAUGCUUGACAUUGGAAGGUUGAUGGAAAGGUAGUUUUAGGCACUGCCCCACACAGAAUUAAAGAAAGAAGCUUUCGAACAAGAAGGUACAGAUCCCACAAGAAACUGGACCGAAGGUUGGUUUAAGAGAUGAGAAUAAAAUGGUCCUGGUUAACUGCAAGUUUUGAAGAAAGGGUAUAAGUGGAAAUGGUGAUAGAAAGAGAGGUCGAGCUCAAAAAUGGUUGGGGUUAAGUGAGGUUUUGCAAGUAUAUAAGGCUGGAUCCAUAAGGUUAUGAUGAGAUGUACCUCCUUAAAAUAAAUGCUCAACGUGACAUGGAAACCUGAAGAGAUAUCCAAAUUAAACAGUACAAAAGGAAAGACCUCUGUAGCUAGUUUGUCUGGCAACCCAGAGAUUUAUUCCUGUGGGCAUUACCAGGUGUAGUUUUUCAAGUUUGAUUAUGCACUUUACCGAAGCAAAACUGUACAAGGUUUGGCUUGUACUUUGGCUCCACUGUUGAACGGCUGCUAUAAUUUAUGUAACCUGCUCUCUAUCACUGUUUAAUUUCCUAAAUUCUCCACAAAUUACAACUGACAGUUCUAAUAUUUUAUGACGCCAUUCACAAAAUUUACAUCAUUACUAAACAUUGCUGCUAUACAGAUGAAUAAUAUAAGAAAAGUUACCAUCUGAGCAGAGACGUUGGUCUCUGGGGGAACACUGUUUUAAAAUUUUAAACCAGAGCUGGACAUUGAAACAUGAUACUGGUUUGUAAUUAGCAGGAAAACCUGCAGCUGCAUAUAUAUUUAUGAUGUUUGUUGCACCUCAGCUUGAAACUAGUGAAAAGACAAAGAUAAGGUGCUUUCGGACCAGAGAACUUUUUAUCGGUCUUGUUAAACAAGCCUUUGUUAGUUUUUAGGAUACACAUGAUAUGCACGAUUGGAGAACCGCUAGCCAUCACUAAAGCUUCUUGAAGAAAUUGGAGUAGGGUUAGAAAGGAAAAAUUUCACAGCACACAACCCAAAACAUUUCAACACAUAAAUUGCUGUGGUAAAGAGUUUCGGUUAAAAUUUGCAGAGGGUAAUUACAAAAAAGUACAUUUAAAAAGCCUGCAUAAAAUCGGGUGUAACAUCAGCUGAGUAUAUAAAACUCUUAGCGAUAAAAAAUGGAACAAAGCACAGAGAAAUGACUUUACCUAGGCUCUAUGUGGAGGCAACAUAAUAUGAUUUUUCAUGUAUACUAAAUGCUAUUCAGAUUUUACAUGACUUCUGCAUAUCUAUGCUCCAGGAGGAGGCCAUGAGAAACUGGGACUGUUGUGGAGCGCUGCACCUAUAUAUAACCUAAAAAUAAUAUUGAGCAGAACUUAUUUCAGCUUAUUGGUGCAGCCCUCCAAAACAGUCCCAGUUUAGCAUGUGUCCCCUUGGGAAAAUAAAUUGUCCAUCUUUGCUAUGUAGGCAGUGUGAAUAGAAUCGAAUCUGCAAACCAUGCUUAGCUUAGUAUAUUUGGAAAGUGUAUUUUGGAAAGCUAUACAUCUUUAAUGCUUUUUGGUCCGAAAGUGCUUAUAGUCCAUAUCUUCUUAGGAAUUGGGGAAUGCAUUGCCUGCCAUUAAAAGUAACAGUUUGAAAUAUUUUGUGCAAAACCAUCUAUUAAUGGCUAUUUCCUAUAAACGUGUUUCUUAAUUAUGCAGUUUCUAAUUAAAUUGUUUGGCAAGCUAAGUUAAAAAAUAGACAAAAAAGGGAACCUCUGCAACACUGGGCACACUCCAUCUGCUAAGGGAGGAUGUGGUAGGAUCCAAAGCUACAGAACAGCUACUUUAUAUGCUUUAAUAUGUCAACUAGAGAAAUUUGUUUAUUUAUAUUAUAAAGGACAUUUUCUUUACGUUUUUUUAAAAAAAAAUAAUUAUUUGUGGAUUUUACCUUUAGAAAAAAAUCAGUGCAUUUUUACUAAUGAUCAGCUGAUACUGAUCGGAGCAUCCUAAAUGAAACGAAGGGUUUACUGUUAAAAUUUUUGUUCUGUGCCAUGAACGAGCUACAGGCUGGAAGAGUUACGGUAACCACGCUGUCAAUAAUAAUGAUGAUGAUGACACUGAGCAAGUUCAAUAAUACUUUUUCUACUGUUUACACCUGUUGGACUGGCCACACUGUGUAUGUAUGUGUGCGUGUCUGUGUGUGUGUAUGUUACACGUUAAACACAAGGCCAGUUAAGCCCCUCCCACCUCAAGUCCCACCCAAUCUACCCCCUGACCAAUAGGCAACCAGGAUGAUGGACGGCAGUUCUGAAAAAUUCAGCUGAUUGGCUGGAACCAAUCAGAAACAUAAACAUUUCCUUCCCUGCCUGUCUGUGAUUGGUUCUUUUUCACACACAAAGACAACCAAUCAGCUUCCAGGAAGAAGCCACGCAUGCCCCUACCCCGACUUCCCCUCCCCAUCCCCAGCCCCAGUGACAGUGAUCUCUUAUGCUAAUCAAUUGGUGUGUUUUUUUGAUUGACUGUUGUCAAUUCUGUUUGUUUGUUUGUUUCCAUGGUGACUGAACCAGAAAAUAUGUAAAAUAGAUUUAAAAAAAAAAAAGUUCAGUCCCCAUCGCUGUUCACAUCAAAAACCAUCAAACCCUGAAAACACCAUCUCAUAAUCACAAAAACUAUGUUACAAAAGAAAAAAAUCCUGUUAAAACAGGAAACCUGUGACGGUAAACACUUGUGUGUGUGUGUGUGUGUGUGUGUGUCUGAGAGAGAGUGAGUGAGUGUUUAUUUUCGAGUGAUGUCAACAUCUUCCUGCUCUCACCUUAGUCUUAACUCACUAUUUAUAGUGGCCAAUCAGAACCCUCCCUCAGCAUCCCUGAGCCAAACAGUCCAAUAGUUGCUGCUGUGCUUUGGAUUAGAGCGUUCUGAUUGGCUGUUUCUAUGUGGAUAGUUGUCAUUGGCUGUUCUGUUCUACCCAAAAUUUUCUAAAUGCUCAGAUGGGUUUUUUUUUUUUGCAAGCAAAUGGCUAGUAUGUAGUUAGCAUUAAGCUAGCAGACGCAGAGCACAGGGCUAGUGUAACCAUAAUUAUAUACACAGUACAAGGGAACUACUAUCCUAACUAUGUUUACUAGCUAAUAAACAUAGCAAGAGACUUGUAAGCACAUGGGUAAAAACCGCUAACCAAAGAUAAAAUUUAGCCAACAUUUUUUUAUGUUAGCACACAGCUAGCCCAGUACCAGCACAGUCUGUGUAUUGUUAGCACAAACCUUGCACUUCACUAAGGUAUGGUUAGCUGUAGAGCUAAAGAAUGUCUUUUAGCAUCUUGACUAUAAAAAGGCUGAAACAGCUCUAUUGGUGGUAUUCCACUGACACCUGAGUAGGCUAACUUGAUCUAAGGACAUAACUAUCAUAUGGCUAGCAGACACUGAACAAAGGGCUAGCGUAAUCAUAACAGACAUAACACAAGGACCAUAGGCUGGUUGUGUUUGAUAUCCAUUUAUUAUUAUGUUUAUUGGCUAAUCACAAAGAAAGAACUUGGUUGGCAUAUAUUUAAACAGCUAGCCAAGGCUAACAUUUAUCGUAACAUCCUAUUGUAUGUCAGGACACAGUUAAGCACAGCUCGUGCCCAUUGUUAAAAUCAGGCUAAUGUGUUAAAUAAAGACUUUUUUCUUAUUUGCAUUAGGCUAACAUAACAGAUAAUAGAAAUACAUUUUAGCAUAUGACCAGCAGAUGCUGAACACAGGGUUUACGUAAUACAGACAAUGCUAACAUAAGGGUAUUUUAGCUUCAUUGAAAAUCUCUUACUGAUUUUUGGCUUAUGUUAAUGCAUAACUUACAUGUUGAUAACAGAGCUAUAAUAUAGCUUAUGGUUAGUACUAAGUUACGGUUUCUAAUUUUAGCAAAAGCAGUAUACCACACAUCAAAUUCAACUGACAAGUGAGCAGCCUAACUUGGUCUGAGGACAUUACUAACAUAUGAUUAGUAUGUAUCUAGCAGACACUGAGCAUAGGGCUAGUCUAACCAUAACACAUGACUAUACACAUAGAACAAGAAAAUUAGGCUUUCUAUAUGUAACACCCAUUUCUUGCUAUAUUUAUUAGUUAAUAAGCAUAAAAAUAAUUUAAUUAGCAUAUGAAUAAAGAGCUAUCCAAAGCUAAAGUUUUUAUGUUAGCACACGGCUAGUACCAGCACAGCCCUUACAGACCUUUAACAUAGGGCUUACAUUUGCAAAACAAAGUUUUUCUCUUGUUAGCAAAAAGCUAACAUGGGAGAUAAUAGAACUACAGUUUAGCAUGUGGUAGUUGAUGCAGAGCAUUAGAGCUAACAUAACUAUAACAUGUGGCUAGUUGCACAUAGUACAUGGAUGGUAAGUUAGCUGUACAAUUUUUCAACACUUAUUUACUAGUGUGGUUACAACUUAACAUAGCAAGGGCUUGGUUGGUUUGUAGGUAAACAUAAGAGCAAGGAGCUAAAAAUGUCUGCUAACAAGAGAGUAUGUCAGUUUUAUGUCAGCCUCUACUGAUUUGUGGUUUAUGUUAGCACAUGAGUAACAUGAACUAUAAUUUAGCUUGCGGCUAGCAUUUAGGCGAGGUAGUAGCUACAGGUUGAUUAAAGAGACCUAACAAGGUCUAAGGAAAUGGUUCACAUUGCUAAUACAGAGCUAAUGCCUUGAAUUCAGGGCUAACACGUAGAUGUUAGUGUUUUAAGGUUCAGCCAAGAGAACUGCUCCACCAAUGGGAACAAGCCACAGGGCUGAGGGGUGUGGCUUCACAAGGGUUUGAUGAGUGAGACCUAAAGCCAUACACACUGUGUUUGUGCGCAUGUAUUAACAUUACCAUGUGUGUGGGUGUGUAUUUGUUAGAGCCUGUAUGUGUGAGUGUGUGUGGGUGUGUGUGUGUGUAUGUGUGUAACAUUGCAGGGAUUUGCACUCUAGUGAUUCACCUCAGCAAGACAUCCACCCACCUACAACCACACACACACACACACUAACACACACACACACGUGCAUUGCACUGCCAUUUGAAAUAGUGGGUCAGAUUAGUUUCCAUGUAGCUUCACCAACCAACCAAACUGUAUUUUUCUUUAAAGGAACAGGGAUGUUGUAAAGUAUUUUUGUACAAAUUUAAUACUUUGGUAGCAUGACGUUCCUGUUGUUUGUCCUGUCGGGCUCCACUGCUCUCCUCCACCCGCCUUUGUAUGGACGAUUACUGAGCAACAAUAAAGAUGAAGACCUGCUGGGA